AUGGCUGAAUCUGUGAGAAGUGGCGCGGUGCCUGAUCCGGCGCCCUGCCAAGCUGUCCGCGGCACUCCAGCGGCCUUGAAGCCAUGCCAAUUUGGGGAAGGACAAGAUGCGGGGAGCGCGGGGACUGCCAAGACGAGCGGCGGUGGGCGGGCUCCGCUUGCAUGUGACCCUCCGCGCCAUUUGACCAAUUGCCGCGCGAUUAACUUUCCACCGCGCUCAGUUGCACUCACGCUAUUCCCGUCAUCACUCACAAUGCCACCAGAGGCGACGUCGAUGCUGGAAGCGAUGGAACGAUUCACUGGCUUCGGAUUCUUCUCAACCCUGGCUCCAGGGUUCGCCACCUUCCGGCUGUCUUUGCACGGUGACAAGGUCAGCCGCAGAGGCACCAAUGCUUGGAAAGGAUCGUCGCUUCCGUAUCGUGUGCCACCCACGUCAACUCGCAUCUCCGGGGAGCCGUGA